UUUUUUUUUAAAAAACCAGAUUUCUUGGAACUACGUAAACGACGGAACCAAGACUCAUUUCUGGUAUAUGAGUGUUCAGAGAAUACCACUGAACCAUGAAGCGCAGUAAGCACCGUGGACAAAAGGAGGACAAAGGCGGAGAUGAACCAGCAAUAUUAGAGACACAGAACAUGGAUCGUAAUGGGAUGCUAAUGGGAGGUCCAGACCCGGACACCGUCUCUUUGGCCUCAGUCACAGCUGUCACAACCAAUGUAUCGAACAAAAGAUCAAAGCCGGACAUCAAGAUGGAGCCCAGUUCUGGACGACCAAUGGACUACCAGGUCAGUGUGACAGUGAUUGAAGCCAGGCAGCUGGUUGGCCUUAACAUGGACCCAAUGGUCUGUGUGGAGAUUGGGGAAGAAAAAAAGUACACCUCUAUGAAGGAGUCGACUAACUGCCCUUACUACAAUGAAUAUUUUGUGUUUGACUUCCACGUCCCUCCAGAUGUCAUGUUCGACAAAAUUCUCAAAGUGUCUGUCAUUCACUCCAAAAACCUUCUGCGAAGUGGAACGCUGGUUGGGUCUUUCAAAAUGGAUGUUGGCACAAUCUACUCCCAGCCAGAACAUCAGUUUUACCACAAAUGGGCACUGUUAUCUGAUCCGGAUGACAUUACAGCAGGCUGUAAAGGCUACGUUAAAUGUGACAUCGCAGUCGUGGCUAAAGGAGACACCAUCAAAACUCCACACAAGGCCAACGAGUCUGAUGAUGAUGACAUAGAUGGAAACCUGCUGCUGCCUGAGGGGGUUCCUGCAGAGCGACAGUGGGCUCGCUAUUACUUGAAGAUCUACAGAGCAGAGGGACUUCCAAGGAUGAACACCAGCCUCAUGGCCAACGUCAAAAAGGCUUUCAUUGGAGAAAAUAAAGACCUGGUUGAUCCGUAUGUUCAAGUACUCUUUGCAGGGCAGAAGGGGAAAACAUCAGUACAAAAGAGCUGCUAUGAGCCCAUCUGGAAUGAGCAAGUUGUUUUUACAGAAAUGUUCCCUCCUCUGUGCAAACGCAUGAAGAUCCAGAUUCGGGACUCAGAUAAAGUGAAUGAUGUGGCUAUUGGAACACACUUCUUAGAUUUGAAGAAGAUUUCCAAUGAUGGAGACAAAGGCUUCCUUCCCACAAUGGGACCUGCCUGGGUGAACAUGUACGGCUCCACCCGCACCUACACCCUGAUGGAUGAGUACCAGGAGCUUAAUGAAGGACUUGGGGAAGGUGUGUCUUUCAGGGCGCGUUUGCUCAUUAGUCUGGGCGUGGAGAUCCUGGACCCCUCCUCGCCUGACAUCACCAGCUCCACAGAGGUUCAGGUGGAGGGAGUGCCUAACAUCUCUGAGACUGCUACUGGGAAGGUUGAGGAUUUCUUCCUCUUUGGGUCUUUCCUGGAGGCUACAAUGAUUGAUAGAAAAAUCGGUGAUAAGCCAAUCAGCUUUGAGGUCACAAUAGGUUACUAUGGAAGUGAGAAUGAUGGAGUCAUCCAACCUAAAACAAAGGAGAAGAAGGGUGGCAGAGAUGGUGCUGAAGAGGAAACAGAACUGAUACACAACUCCAGCGACGAGGAGAUCGAUGAUGAGGGAGACCUGACUUUGGUGUCAUCUACUCCACCUAUGAAACCUGUUAUCACUGACCGGAACUAUUUCCAUCUGCCCUAUUUUGAGAGGAAGCCAUGCAUCUUCAUCAAAAGUUGGUGGCAGGAUCAGCGGAGAAGGCUGUACAACGCCAACAUCAUUGAUAACAUUGCACACAAACUGGAGGAUGGACUGAACGAUGUGCACGAGAUCAUCAAAACAGAGAAAGCCUAUCCUGAACGUAGACUGAGAGGUGUUCUUGAGGAACUCAGCCAAGGAUGCAGUCAGUUUCUUUCUCUGGCAAACAAGGAUCACAAUCAGUCUGGCAGAACCAAACUCGACAGAGAGAGGCUGAAACUGUGCUUGUCAGAAGUGGAGGCCAUUGGUCAACAAGCUAAGUCCAUGAGGACACAGGUGAAAAAGAGCACAGUCAGGGAUAAACUCAAGCUAGCUCAAAACUUCCUUACAAAGCUUCGCUUCCUGGCUGAUGAACCUCAGCACAGUGUUCCUGAUGUCUUCAUUUGGAUGAUAAGUAACGGGAAGCGCAUUGCUUAUGCACGUGUCCCUUCCAAGGACAUCCUUUAUUCCAGUAUAGAUGAGGAAAGGGGGAAAGAUUGUGGUAAAGUCAAAACCAUCUUCCUCAGGAUUCCUGGUAAAAAAGGUUUCGGACCUGCUGGCUGGACAGUGCAGUCCAAAUUAGAGAUCUAUCUCUGGCUGGGUCUGAACAGGCAGCGCAAAGACUACCUGAACGGGCUGCCCAACGGGUUUGAGGAAAAUAAGUUGUCCAAGGGGCCCGGCCUGCCUUCCUCGCCACCCAUCAGCCUAACCUACAUGAUGAAACAAAUCUUCCAGCUGAGGGUCCAUAUGUACCAGGCUCGCAGCCUGUUUGCUGCUGACAGCACAGGUCUUUCUGAUCCCUUUGCAAGAGUUUUCUUCUCAACCCAAAGCCAAGUUACUGAGGUGCUGGCUGAGACACUCUGCCCCACAUGGGACCAGCUGCUGGUGUUUGAGAAUGUGGAGCUGUUUGGUGAAGCCUGUGAACUGAGAGAUGAUCCACCAAUUAUCGUCAUUGAGCUCUAUGAUCAGGACACAGUGAGUGUGGAUUGCCUUGAUGGUAAAGCCGACUUCAUGGGCAGGACGUUUGCUAAGCCUGUGGUCAAGAUGGCAGAUGAGCAUUACGGGCCGCCGCGUUUUCCACCGCAGCUGGAGUACUACCAGAUCUACCGUGGGAACUGUGCUGCUGGGGAAAUGCUUGCAGCCUUUGAGCUUCUUCAGAUCGGCCCCAAUGGAAAAGCAGACCUUCCUCCCAUAGAUGGGCCUACAGAUAUGGACCGUGGCCCAAUCCUCCCAGUGCCUCUGGGGAUUAGACCAGUGCUCAGCAAGUACAGGAUUGAGGUUUUGUUCUGGGGCUUGAGAGACUUGAAGAGGGUGAACCUCGCCCAGGUGGAUCGGCCUCGUGUGGAUAUUGAGUGUGCCGGAAAGGGAGUUCAGUCGGCCCUUAUUCCCAACUACAAAAAGAACCCAAACUUCAGCACUCUUGUCAAGUGGUUCGAAGUGGAUUUGCCAGAGAACGAACUUCUUCACCCUCCGCUGAACAUCCGUGUAGUGGACUGCAGAGCCUUUGGACGCUACACAUUGGUUGGCUCCAACGCUGUCACCAGUCUGCGCAAGUUCAUCUAUAGGGGUUCAGACAGGCAGGCCAACAACUGGUCCACUACAGAGGAAAUUAUUGUGGUGAGCAUGGAAACUGAGCCUGCCUUUAAGAAGAUGGAUACAGUGGUAAAACUGGACUCUUGCUCCGAGGCUGUGGUCAAAGUCGAGGAUGACGAAAAAGAUGAGAAGGGCAAAAAGAAGAAGAGGAAGAAGGGGGAGGAGCCUGAGGAGGAGGAGCUUGAUGAGAGCAUGUUGGACUGGUGGUCCAAAUAUUUUGCCUCUAUUGAAACUUUAACUGAGGCUCUCAAGGCUCAAGAGGCAGCGCUGUCAGAUUCAGAAGAAAAGGAAGACAUGGACAUUGCUGAUGGUGGAGCUGAAGACUCUCUAGUAAAAAGCCCCAAGAAAGGAAAAGGAAAGAAAGACAAGAAGAGACCAGCUGUGGAUCCGUUUGAGAAGAAAAAGCCAAAGUUGGAUGAGCUUAAGGUGUAUCCAAAGGAACUGGAAAGUGAAUUUGACAACUUUGAGGACUGGCUCCACACCUUUUCCCUGUUUAGAGGAAAGGGGGGUGACGAUGACGACCAAAAUGUCACAGAUGAGGACAGGAUUGUUGGAAAGUUCAAGGGUUCGCUGUGCAUGUACAAAGUGUCAGAUGAAACACAGAGAGAGAUGAACUUUGACUCCAAUUUAGGAAUGUUUCAGAACAUUCCUAACAAUGAUCCGAUAAAUGUCCUUGUCCGCAUUUAUGUAGUCAGGGCGACAGAUCUGCAUCCAGCAGAUAUCAAUGGGAAAGCUGACCCCUACAUCGCAAUUAAGCUGGGAAAAACAGAAAUCAAAGAUAAGGAAAACUACAUUUCCAAACAGCUGAACCCCUUGUUUGGCAAAUCCUUUGAUGUGGAAGUUACGUUCCCCAUGGAUUCCACUCUGACAGUGUCAAUCUAUGACUGGGAUCUGGUGGGAACAGAUGAUCUGAUUGGAGAAACAAAGUUGGAUCUGGAGAAUCGUUUCUACAGCAAACACAGAGCCACAUGUGGGAUUUCAUCCAGCUAUGCAAUUCAUGGUUACAAUGUGUGGCGAGACCCAAUGAAACCCACUCAAAUCCUGGCGAAGCUGUGCAAGGAUGGAAAACUGGACGGCCCUCACUACGGCCCCGAAGGAAGAGUGAAGGUGGAGAACCGUGUCUUCAUGGCGCCAACUGAGAUCGAGGAUGAAAACGGUUUGAAGAAGAAGACGGAUGAACACCUGGCUCUCUCUGUGCUGAGGCACUGGGAGGAAAUUCCUAAAGCCGGCUGCAAACUGGUCCCAGAGCAUGUAGAAACCAGACCGCUCCUGCAUCCGGAUAAACCAGGAAUCGAACAAGGAAGAAUAGAGAUGUGGGUGGAUAUGUUCCCCAAGGAUAAGACUGCACCAGGUCCUGCUCUUGACAUUUCACCAAGAAAACCAAAGAAGUUUGAACUUAGGGUCAUCAUCUGGAACACAGAUGAGGUUGUUUUAGAGGAUGAUGACAUCUUCACUGGCGAGAAAUCAAGCGACAUCUUUGUACGAGGAUGGCUGAAAGGACAGCAGGAGGACAAACAGGACACUGACGUCCAUUACCACUCCAUCACCGGAGAGGGCAACUUCAACUGGCGCUUCAUCUACCCGUUCGACUACCUGGUGGCUGAGGAGAAGAUAGUCAUCUCCAAAAAGGAGUCAAUGUUUGCCUGGGAUGAGACGGAGUAUAAGAUCCCUCCUCGACUUAAUCUCCAAGUGUGGGACGCUGACCACUUCUCUGCUGAUGAUUUUCUGGGUGCGAUUGAGCUGGACCUAAACCGUUUCCCUCGUGGUGCAAAGACAGCCAAACAGUGCACCAUCGAAAUGGUGACAAACGAAGCCGAGAUGCCUCUGGUCUCCAUCUUUAAGCAGAAGAGGAUUAAAGGCUGGUGGCCAUUUGUCGCCAGAAACGAAGAGGAUGAAUUUGAACUUACUGGUAAAGUCGAAGCUGAGCUGCACCUUCUCACAGGGGAGGAAGCGGAGAAAAGCCCAGCUGGAGAGGGACGCAAUGAGCCUGAGCCUCUGGAGAAACCCAACCGCCCAGAUGUCGCCCUCCUCUGGUUCCUCAUCCCACUCAAAGCGGCAAAGCACCUGGUGUGCGACCAGUACAGGUGGCUGACCAUAAAGAUCGUCACGGCGCUCCUGCUGUUGGCCAUCUUGGCCCUCUUCCUCUACAAUAUGCCGGGAUACAUGGUCAAGAAAAUGCUUGGAGCUUGAAAAGGAAUCAGGACAAAGUUUUCCCUUUUUUUCCAAAUAGUGUGCCCUAACACAAGAAACAGGUAAUCUGAUAUUGGCUUGAGUUGCUGUUAUCAAUGUGUAAAAAUAUAAUUUUGUUACUGUUGUUCUCAUAUUAAGGCUUUUUUUGGGGGAUUUUUAGCUUUUGCCUUAUAUUUUUUUUUGUUGUUGUUCACAUUCAAUUAUAAAACAUAAGAUCCGCAUUUAAGUGAGAGUGUUUUGUUUUCUUGUGUUAAGUUUUUCAGGAAUAUUUGUGUUUGCUUUUCUGCAUUGUUUCAAAUUUUAAAUAAAAACUCCCCCUUCACA